ACCUUUCUCAGCUCUCUUUAUACUGACUAAUAAUAUUUUUAUAUUGAGUAAUAAUAUUAAUAGAUAUGGACAAGGCUUUUAUGGAAGUUUUUUUAUGGACGCUACUUGCCUUCGUACUGACUUGGACGACAUACCACGUCACCAACAGGAGGAAGAAGGCAACGAAGUUGGCGGAUGUGGCCGUGGAGGAGAUACGAUACGGUGGUCCUGACGUCAUCAUCGUCGGAGCUGGUGUUGGCGGCUCAGCUCUCGCCUAUGCUCUUGCUAAGGAUGGACGUCGAGUACAUGUGAUAGAGAGGGACAUGAGAGAGCCAGAGAGAAUGAUGGGGGAGUUUAUGCAGCCAGGAGGACGACUCUUUCUUUCUAAGCUUGAUCUUCAAGAUUGUUUGGAGGGAAUAGACGCACAGAAAGCCACCGGCUUGACACUUUAUAAGGACGGAAAAGAAGCCGCCUCACCUUUUCCGGUGGAGGACAACAAAUUCCCUUAUGAACCAUCUGCUCGAAUGUUUUACAAUGGCCGUUUUGUCCAGAGACUGCGCCAAAAGGCCUCUUCUCUUCCCAAUGUGCGACUAGAAGAAGGGACGGUGAGAUCUUUGAUAGAAGAAAAAGGAGUAAUCAAAGGAGUGACAUACAAGAACAGUUUAGGCGAAGAAUCGACCGCCUUUGCACCUCUCACUGUGGUAUGCGACGGUUGCUACUCGAACCUUCGUCGCUCUCUAAACGACAACAAUGCGGAGGUUAUUUCGUACACAGUUGGUUACGUCUCAAAGAAUUGUCGCCUUGAAGAACCCGAGAAGUUACACUUAAUAAUGGCAAAACCGUCGUUCACCAUGUUGUAUCAAAUCAGCAGCACCGACGUUCGUUGUGCUUUUGAGCUUUUCUCUAAUUAUUUUCCUUCUAUUGCCAAUGGGGAGAUGGCUUCCUUCGUGAAGAACGAUCUUGCUCCUCAGGUACCUCCAAAACUCCGCAAAAUAUUUUUGAAAGGGAUUGAAGAGGGAGCAAAAAUAAAAGUGACGCCAGCAAAGAGAAUGUCAGCUACCUUGAGCAGAAAAAAAGGAGUGAUCGUCUUGGGAGAUGCAUUUAACAUGCGUCAUCCAGCAAUCGCAUCUGGAAUGAUGGUUUUAUUGUCUGACAUUCUCAUUCUACGCCGUCUUCUCAAACCAUUGAGAAAUCUCGGUGAUGCCAACAAAGUAUCAGAAGUUAUUAAGUGCUUUUAUGUAAUACGCAAGGUGAAUGCUCAACAAAAUAUGCAGGGGAGCGUGUAUCACUGGGAAGAAGAAACCACAGGUGUGAAGCCGAUGUCAGCAACAGUGAACACACUAGGGAAUGCAUUUUCGCAAGUGCUAGUUGCAUCAACGGACCAAGCAAAAGAGGCGAUGCGACAGGGCUGCUAUGAUUACCUCUCUAGUGGUGGGUUUCGCACGUCAGGCAUGAUGGCUCUGUUUGGCGGCAUGAACCCUCGUCCGCUUUCUCUUAUCUAUCAUUUGUUCGCUAUUACUUUAUCCUCCAUUGGCCAACUGCUCUCUCCAUUUCCAUCUCCUCUUCGCAUUUGGCAUAGCCUCAGACUUUGUGGUGUAAGACAUUAUAUCUUUCUUUGAACUGGUGUCUUUGAAAUUGUUGAUUCCGCAUCUCAAGGCUGAAGGGGUUAUCCAUAUGAUGUCUCCAAUAAAUGCAGCUGCGUAUUGCAAAAACUAUAUGACCGCAACCGCAGUGUAAACAUUGUGAUGCUCUGAAAACCGCGAUAUGUAUCAGACGUAUGUAUGGAUCACAAAAAAUUAUGAUUUUGUCAAAAUUGUAUUAGAUGCAUUAUGUUAUAGAAGAUAAUUUUCGGAA